GAGUCGACCACGUCAAUGUCAAAUAAUGGUCGCGUGUUCGCAGAAAGUAAAUAAUCUAUAAAUUCAAAUAAAAAUAAAAGAAUUGUGUGUUUCUGCAUAGUGUAUCAUGUAAAUAACUCCGUAUAUUGUUUGUGAAGAAUUGUAAACAUUUAACAAAAUUGUCUAGUACACAGAUUUGUGUUGACAACACAUUUUAUCUGCAAGAAAAUGAAUUCUCACGAAGAUGUUCUGUCCUUCAUGGAUUUUAUAGAUUUAGAAGAAUCUGUUGUAGAUGAACGAUUAAGAUCUUUAAUGGCUAAGCAUAAACUUACUAAUAAGCACCUUUCAAAUGUGAUUCACCUUCUCAGAUAUAAACUUUUGAUAAAUACUCAAGACGAUGAUUGUUGCGACAAUGAAGUGGAGUACGACUUUGCGGUGAAACUUAUCAAAGAUGUAAGUGAAGAAAACGUAGACAAUGUAUGUAAAAUAGUAGCUUGUGUCCUUUCAUUGGAUACUUCAAGCAUUGUAAUGAAAUCUGAACACAUACUUCAGCAGUUCCUAUCCGCUACAGAUUCGCCGACAGAAAUCAGAGAAAAUUCUGAUUCGCCUGAACCCAACAAAGACUUACUAAACUUUAGAGUAUCAGAUAGCAUACUUGAAGCUGUUAUAGCAAGCAAAGAUAGAUGUAUACUACCAUUUUUAGAACUGCCAUAUGAGAGUUUGUUACUGGGCACAAAUGAACAACUUAAAAUUCACUUUUUGACCAGUACAGUUCCAAAGUUGUUUGAAGGGGUGUCAGGUUUCAAUGUGUUGGACCAAAUUUGGGACUUUAUAAAGCAACUUGAAAAUGAUAAAAGAGAAGUAACUCUCAAAGUUCUAAGUGUUCUAUCUGGCUUUUAUUUGCCUGUUAAUGAUGGUAAAAAUGAGGUGUUAUAUCAGUCGGAAAUUAUAUAUAAAUAUGAGCUCUGGUACAAUAUACUGUAUGGUUUAUCAUCAACUGAUCCAUCACUGAGAAGAAUAUCAAUUUAUCUAGCUAAAAGAGCAUUAGACUGUGUUAUGGCUUUGAAAAAAGAUAUUUGUGUCAAAAAUGCAAAUGAUAUUAUAUUUACAUGGGAUCACUUAAAAAGAAGCAAUGAAAGAACAUUAUGGGAUAACUUCUUUAUACUGAUGGAUAGUCUGGAAGAAAAACAGAGCAAUAUUGUUUUGCCAUCAUUAAAGUUAUUUGAAUCUCUUAAGUCCCUAAGGCAUUGGUUAGACUGUGCUUUCAAUAUUGGUCUCAAACAUGAUAAUACACAAGUCCGACUUAAAUGCAUACAGUACAGACUGGAAACUAAAAUAAAGAGCCAAGCUGAAGCAACAGUCCUGUUGGAGGCCUUAAAUGAUAUCAACAUUUAUGACAAUGUUUCUGAAUGUGAGGAUUUGAAGAAAAGACUUGGUGCAUUUUUAUCUGAUAAACAAAUAUUUAUCAAUAUGUUCACUGCAAUACCUCUGGUAAAAUGGUCUCCUGUACCAUUGUACCACAUUAGCAAUGUAAUAUCAGGACACAUAUUCAAAGAUUUUAUGUCUGAAAUAAAUGAUAUAGAUAUGACAAAACUGCUAAUAGAAAUUUUAAAAUUGCCAUGCAAUAUUGUUGCCAUAAGAAAAGCAAUUUUUAUAAAUGUUACUCACUUCAUUAGCAACAAUUGUUAUGGCUUACACUGGAAAGACCAUUUGAGCAUAUAUUGCAUUCUUCAAACUGAGUUAAAAGAAUCUGAUUUAAAUAGUCCAUUGAAUUCAUUGAUUGCUAAAUUGACUGUAAAAGAUGAAGAGAAGGUGGAAUUCUUUCAACUAAUUGAAUAUUUUCAUAUUGACUUCUGUUUACUAUACUUACAACAACACCCUGGAGAUAUGGCAGUGUUCAAUGAUGUACUACUAUGUAAAAUAAAAAAGACUCAGGAUAUAGUUUCAAGACAGUACUCGGAUAAAGCAGAGUGUCUGAAGGAUGUUGUUUACUUAACACAUCUCUAUAAAAAAAGUAGUAAUUUAAUAGAACAUAUAAAUAUGAUGGUAGCCAGAGAAUAUAAGACUAUAUUACACUAUAUGCUCAGUCUAUUAUCUAACAACACCAUACUAUCCAUUGAGGAAAUGAGCAUUCUAUCAAAUGGUUUCAGUUCCAUGAGCACUUCAAUUACCGAUUUAGAAGUCAAGGAUAUUCUAUUACAAUUGUAUAAAACAUCUGUACUAUUUGUCAAUGAUAGAAACACUAUUUUGGAGAGUAAGAUCUUAAGCAUGUUUUUAAUUAAUGUUUUAUCAAGUAACCCAAUACUACUUGCAAAUCAUAAACAUGAGAUGAUUGGUCUGAAAGACAUGAAUAUAUUUACUUCUGAUCUUGAUAACAAAAACAGUAUUGGCAGGCUUAGAAACAUGUUUUAUGAGAAAUCUUGUGAAAUAUUAUAUUCUUUACUAUGUGAAGAAUCAACUUUAGAUAGAUAUGCAAAAGACUUAGCAGAGUAUAUAGAAAAAGUAAUAGAAUGUGGUGGUUAUGGUUGCUUGAGAUGGUGCCUUAAGAUCAUGAAUACCAUAUUACCAUGCCUUCUUAAAGGAGAGAAGAGGACAUUUGAUGUUACCCAUUUUAUAUCCAGGAUGUGGAAGGAAAUAGAAGAGCUUAAAUCAAAUAAUCAGUAUAAUCCAUGCAUUGAGGAGUUUGUGAACUUGAUCACUCAAGAUGUUUUACUGAAAAGGCCAAUGUACAACAAUGUUAUUAUUUUAUACUGCAGUAGAAUCAUAGAAAAUGGUGCUGCAAAAACAACACCUAUGUUCUACUUAGUAAAGAAACUCAAUAGUCUUAAAAUUACUGAAAGCUAUGGCCAAAUUAUAUACAUUCUAUGUGCGGUUUUACUCCACUCUCCAGUACCCAGGAAGGAUCAAAGGAUUGCAGAAAACCUUAUUGUUGAAAUAUUACAGCAGCCUGAAUAUGGAUUUGAUAAGCUGAAUGUCGACAUUCACUUCGACUAUCAAAUUCAAUGCCUGUCCCUAUUGGUCCUGAGCAAAAUUCAAGACAGUGAUAUUCUUGAAAAUAUUGAGACAAUGAUAAGGCACAAAGUGGAUGAGGCUUUCAAAAAUAAACAGAGGUAUCAUGGCCACUCCCAGGCCCAUAGACUGAUGCUGACUGCUCUGCAGCAUUUACUGCUAAUAUCUGUGUUGAAGCCUGGUGCUGGUGGGAAGAACGCAGACUGGUACGUCGAGUUGCUGGGAAGGCUGCCCCAUCAACCCAGCGUGAGAAUUUGUCUGGAAUGGUACAUUGCUCUGCACAUCUUUUUGAAGAAAGCAGCCAUAAAUGAAGAAAUUCUGGGGUACCUGAAAAACAUACCACUUACUUCACAAUUCAUGAUUUUGUACUGGACUAUUAAACAUAAAAUUAUCACCAAGCAGUGUCCAAAUGAAGAAUAUGAGUUUGUAAUGGACAUUUUACUGUCCCACACUAUGGGCCAAAUGUUCAACAUCCGACUACACGCCCAGUACUUAGCUGUAAUGCUUCAUAGUAUUUAUACAGACAAUUCAAUGAAGUACGCUUACACUAUACAAGUUAUAGAAAGAACAUUUCUAGAAAGUGCUAAAGACAAAAACUUCGUGAAGCUGCAGCAGGACUAUUUCGUCAAUGCAUUUGACAUUGUGAAUGAUUUCACUCCACUCUUCCUUUAUUAUUUCUUGCCACGGUACUGCGAAAUAAAUAACAACGAAAAUAUAGACGUCGCUUAUAUUAGGGAUACUAUGAAAGUUAUAAAUGAAAAUAUUGCCAAAUGCGACUUUUUCAAGAAUUAUAGGAAAAGAUCUGAUGAAGAAAUAUUUGGGAUUAGUACAGCGAAAGACACCAAGGGCAAAGUUAGUGACGACAUCGAAGCGUCGGGGACGAUACAGAAAAAAUAUAUUCCAUGGAAAAAUAUGAGCGACGUGAACGUGUAUGAAUCUGGAAAGAAGAAAGAGAGCCCCAGCCGGCUGAUAGUCGUGGCGUCUCUGAUCGACAAGCUGCCGAACUUGGGCGGCAUGGCGCGCACCGGGGAAGUGUUCGGCGUGGAAGCAUACGUCGUGGACAGCCUGCGCCAUCUGCAGGACAAGCAGUUCCAGGGGCUCAGUGUAUCAGCCGAGCGCUGGAUCGACGUGGAAGAAGUGAGGCCGGGCCAGCCGCUCAAGGACUAUCUGAUGCGGAAGAAGACCGAGGGUUACUCCGUGGUCGCCGCCGAGCAAACCUCUACGAGCUCCAAACUGCAGUCCUUUAGAUUCCCUAAAAAAACUCUGCUACUGCUUGGCCAUGAAAAAGAAGGCAUACCCUGUGACCUCUUGCCAAUGAUGGACUACUGUAUUGAAAUACCACAGCAAGGAUUCGUCAGAUCUCUGAAUGUGCAUGUCACAGCAGCUAUCUUCAUUUGGGAGUAUACAAGACAGAAUAUUUUGUAAUUGUUAUUAAUUUAAUCAAUGCAGGGAACUAGAUGCAGGCAUUAAUCAGUUUCUGCCUGUUAUUAU